AUGAGAGAGACUUUUUCUCUCUCUCUCUCAAUUCAUCUCUCUCUCUCUCUCUCUCUCUCUCUCUCUCUCUCUCUCUCUCUCUCUCUCUCUCUCUCUCUCUCUCUCUCUCUCUCUCUCUCUCUCUCUCUCUCUCUCUCUCUCUCUCUCUCUCUCUCUCUCUCUCUCAAUUUUUUUUUUUUUUUUUCGAGCCCGAAAGGACUCCAAAACUUGGAACUGGAUAAGAUGGCAGCGGUGAAGAUUGGCGUGCUGGGCACGGCUGGCAUUGCCGAGAAGAACAUUGCGGCUAUGAAACAGAGUCGUGGUGUGGAAAUCUAUGCAGUAGCUUCGCGGUCGCUUGAACGUGCUCAAGCCUACGCGGAGAAGAACGGUGCGAACGUCACUGGCCGAUUGUUGCAGCUGCCACUGGGCGUUCCGCAGGCUUAUGGAUCGUAUGAUGAGCUGCUUCAAGAUGAACAAGUGACAGCCGUGUACAUCCCAUUGCCGACGGCCGCUCGCGUUGAGUGGGUCGCGCGGGCAGCGCGGGCAGGCAAGCACAUUCUCAGCGAAAAACCGACAGCCCGAAACUUGGCCGAGCUGCGCGAAACCCUUGCUGCUGUCAAUGAGUGCAAUGUCAUCUGGAUGGACGGUGUCAUGUUCAUGCACCACAAGCGCCUGCCCCAGCUAUUGAGCACGCGAAGUGAGAUUGGCCAGCUUCUGCACAUCCAGUCGACCUUUACCUUUAUGGCAAGUCACGCGAACCCCGCCCACAGCGAGAGUGACCGGAUGCUGUUCGCAUUACCUUUGUCGCACAUCUAUCCACUGACGCGGAAACUUUUACGUCAUUGUGUACACGUGCAGGGCACGGAUGACUUCUAUCGCCAGGACAUCCGCGUCAAUCCCGAGACCGAGCCUCUGGGCUGUCUCGGCGAUUUGGGCUGGUACAACAUUCGCUUCUCCUUGGCCAUGUGCGAUUUUGAGCUACCACAAAGCGCUGCUGCACGUGCAUUCAAGAACGUCGAUGGCACCUCGCUCCCAUUGGAUAUGGACGUUCAGUUGGUUUGGGCCGACGGGCGCCGUGCCUCCUUCGACUGCUCGUUUUGCCGCCCCUUGCGGCAGGCAGCCACUCUCACAGGAAAUCAGGGACACAUCAUGGUUGACGACUUUGUGAUUGCUCAGACCCCAACGACCAAGUUUGUGGUGUCGACGAAGGAAAACUUUACUGGCAGCCUUCCAGCGCUGACCGCUGAUACUCGGGAAGUCGUGUCCGAGGAAUGCACUCAGGAGGUGGAGAUGUGGAACACGUUUGGCAAAAUGGUGCUUGCACGCACCAAUGGCGACGAGCCAGCCGUCAGCACGCAGGACCCUCGGUCCACCGCAUACUGGCAAAUGUUGUCUUUGCGUACGCAAUCAGUCAUUGACGCUUGCAUGCGCAGCGCAUACCAAGCCAAUGGUGCCCCUGUCUCAGUGGAAGAAGUUUAA